GGGUUUAUGUUUCCAAGUAUGCAGACUGUCUUCAUCAGAGACCCUGGUGUCAUGGAAAAUCAGGCUACAUUGUCAUUUGUAAGCUCAUUAAGGGGAAGGUCAAGGUGGUUUCUGAGAAUUUCACAGCCAGCUAUACCCUCCCAUCUCCUGGCUACGACUGCCACGUCGUCAGGACCAGAAACACAACAUCAAAGAUCAGCCACUUCCAGGCCUUUGUGCAAAGCCAGUAUUACGUGUAUGAAACGUACCGUGGCAGCACCACUGAGCGACCCAGGCAGAUCUGUCCGUACAUAGUCAUCGCCUGCCAGUACAGGGAGCCAGAGGAAAUGCCCAUCUUAGUGUUAGAGAGCCCACCUCAGCUUAAUCACAAAGCAUUGUACUGUCCAUGGAGGGGGCAGCUCUCAAUCCGGGGCCAGCUUCUGUGCAACAUCGCCCUGAGGACCCCGUACACCCCCACGAUUCCAGCCCAGCUGCCUCCCAACCUGGACGUUAACCAUGUCAUGGGUUUGUCUGACUUGAGGAAAAAGCUACCAGAAGCUGCUUUUGGGAGAAGAAAUUACACUGAGAAUGAAGUCUGUUUUCAGGGUGUUUAUUUCAGUAUGUAUGAAGUAGAAAUAUCAAAUAAGGAUCAACAUAAAAUGGAUCAGUUGGUAGAAAAUCUAAAGGAAAAGGACUUG